UGGCGCUUUCUGACAAGCAAUAAAUGUCGAGAUCAUCUUUGUUCCAUCCCGUGUUCAAGUCAACAACAAUCUCUAUCACCACAACUACUGUUCCACGUAUCCUUGGAUCUGGAGUCCUAUUUCACCUUGUUCGUCCUAGGUGCUUCGGUAUGGCUUCAACUCAAUCUAGUAAACAGUCCUGGUUCUACGUCUUAUUUCUGGAAGGAACCUCUGUGUUCGAUGCUUGGCUAAAUUCGUCGUCAUUCCAGGUCUCGCAAGUUCUCCUCACGCUGCCAUACUCUUUUGCUCAAUUGGGCUUCGUCUCUGGCAUUGCGUACCAAAUUCUCUACGCCGCAAUGGGAUGCUGGUCGUGCUACAUGACAUCGAGCCUGUACGUGAUUUACAGAGAAAAGAGAGCAAUGAGGGCCAAUACUUUCGUCGAUUAUGAAGCCCAGAGCAUCCUGUGGUAUGAAGUGCUCGAUGGGUUACUUGGUUCAAAUUGGAAGCUCGCCGGAUUGGUAGUGAACCUCGGUUAUCAGAUUCUUACGUGCGUUAUCUUCUUGGUCGGCUGUUCAAGCUUAUCGUACUUACUAAACAGUUAUGUGGACAAGAGAACAUGGACAAUCCUGCUUGUGUUUUGCUUCAUUUUGAUCGUUUUUAUCCCAAGAGCACAGCACUACCGGAUCUGGUCGUGCAUAGGAAUCGUGGCAACAUCUUAUACGGCAUGGUAUAUAACCAUCGCUACCAUUUACCACGGAAAGAAUUCCAAUGCUACGCAUUCUGCUCCAAACAACACGGCAGGAUACUUCGUUGGUGCGACCAACCUGCUCUAUACUUUUGGAGGUCACGCGGUAACCAUUGAAAUAGUUGAUGCGAUGAAGAAGCCAGAGAAAUUCAAGACGGUCUACUUCUACUGCUCAGCCUACAUACUCACGCUUACUUUGCCGUCCGCCAUCGCUGUGUACUGGGCAUUUGGAGACUCCAUGGCGCACCACGCGUACUCUAUCGUGGUUCUACCGGACUCUAUGUUUCGAGUCACGGCAAUCGUGCUCAUGCUCGUCCACCAGUUCAUGCAGUUCGGUUUCCUGUCGCUUCCAGUUUUCAUGAAAUGGGAGAGGCUGCUGGGCAUUCAUGGAUCUAGCAACUAUUACUUGAAAUCGAUUUCCAGAAUUCCUGUAGUUCUGGUUAUGUGGUUCGUGGCCAUUAUGGUUCCUUUUAUCGGCCUCAUCGAUUCGGUUGUGGGAGCGGUGUUUGCGAGCUUCAGUGUCUACGUUUUGCCAUGUACGGCUCAUAUGGUGCUCUUCAAGAGCUCAUCGUAUAGAAUGAUUUCCGUGGAACAGCCACCCUCUUGGAUGCCAUGGAAUUGGAUUGGCAUGUACUGCGUGAAUCUGGCAGUAGUACUGUGGGUUUUGAUCGUGGGAGUGGGUUUUGGAGGAUGGGCCAGCCUCGUUGCGCUCCGGCAUAACAUCAAUAGCUUUGGCCUCUUUCCACAGUGCUACCAAUGCAAAUCGUCUUAGUUCGCUCGACCACCUUGUGAAUGGAGCGAUUCAGUCUUGCAAGAAAGCUGAUCUAGGAUUUUCUUCUCACAUAGUUUCCAGAUCCAUGGAAGUUCCUUGGGCUUUCUUUUCACGCUGACGUGGGAAAGGUCGAAAAACAAUGUUAAAUGGUGCUUUGGCGAGUAAACACACAGAAUCUAAUAGUCAAUUGCGAUCGUUGGUUUUUUCCAAACCUCUCAAGCAUGACACUGAUGGGCUCCUGCAUGGAAUCUGAAAAUCAAUUGUUUUUUU